AGAAGGAACAACAGUCGCCUAUUUCCGCGCAGAUGCAAGCUCUUUUUAAAGGUUUCAGAAAGAUCUACAAAGACGCCAGGAAUGGAUUCAAAAUCUUUGUAGAGAGAAUUAUAAUCCCUCAUGUCACGCAACACAAAGUAUGCUCACAACACUUUGAAGACUCGUGUUUUGACAAAACUGGGCAAACAAUUCUCUUGAAACAAGAUGCAGUACCAACCAUCUUUGCAUUUCCAUCACACCUGAUAAAGGGAACACACAGCCACCACCGGCCUGUAUCAGCGCCAGUGCCUGCUCCUGCAUCGCACCGAUCCAACGGAGUAUCAACAAUGCCUCGAAAGAGCUGACAACGAAAUCGCGACCGAAUCAAAGAGCAGCGGCUGCCGUGGAGGAUGAUUUCGUAACAUUGUACGUCAGUCUUCGGUCUCCCGUCCCUCUCGCGCGCCGGAACAGCGAGAGGGAAAUGCCCGGGCAGCGGAGGCCACCGACGCCGUCCCGGGAGCAGCAAGGGAAAGGGACCGGACGACGAGGAAGGGAAAGCGACGAAGCGAUCUCUUUGGCAGCAGGAAACGCCCUUCGAUGCCCCUAAAGAUAAAAAGUAACUGGAACUGGUGGAAGACAACACAGUAACAUCUUGUUAUCUAAUGAACCAAGACUGAUAAGGAUAGGCCAGAAAUCGAACUAUACCUCGCCAAUUGCAACUUCUUGUGCCUGGGUGGAACGCGAACCGCAGACUGUACUUUGGGUUCCGUAACGUCCUACGAGUUGGCAAAACCACCAUGCCAUGCAAAUACUUAAUCGACCAUUUCCUCAAAGAAGAAGAAAAAGGAGGGAAAGUCAGAAACUUACUCACCAUAACUACGCCUUCAAAGUCAUCAACAAAGGGACUUAAUUAGUUAAGAAAUAGUUUCAAAUAUGAGUCCGAACAUAAGAGGCACACGUAGAAAACUAGGUUCAGCAGCUACGUGUUUUGCCACAUACUUAUAGAACGAACAAAAACACGAACGGAAAUACAGAAGUGUUUAUUUCAACAUGAGAAAAUAUCGUAGUGGAUGUUUCUAAUUCUAUAAAGGAAUUUUUAAAAAUGUAUGUAUAGCUACGAUAAUAAAAUAGAAGAAGAAAUAA